UUAUCAACGUUUCUUCUUACGCUGUACAUACAGAGAUAUAGAGAGAGAGAAGAGAGCCACGCUUAGGGUUUGCAGAAGACGCACAUUCUGAUUCUCUCUCUUUUUCUUUCUCUAAAUCAAACACGUCCUUACAAAUGCAAACCACCCCAGAAUUCUCCCACAAAGAAACAGAAUUAAACGACGAUUUACAGGAACGAGCAUUCUCCAGCCGCAGCUGCUGUUGCUUUUGGAUUUUCGGGUCCCGAGAAUUCAAUAAUUGGGAGCGGAUUUCGACUUCGGAGGAACAGCAGAAGACUGCCGGCGGCGGUUGGUGGUAUAAGGGAAUAAACACAUUGAAGAAAGCGAGAGAAUGGUCGGAGAUCGUGGCUGGUCCGAAAUGGAAGACAUUCAUUCGCAGGUUCAACAAGACCGGCCGAUGCAAGACCGGGAAAUUCCGGUACGAUCCCUUGAGUUACGCCUUGAACUUCGACAACGGCUGGCAGGGGCAAAACGGUCAAAUGCAGGACGACGACCAGGUGUUCAGGGAUUUUUCAUCAAGGUACGCGGCGAUUCCGUUUUCGAUUAAGGUUUCGAUGGAAUUGGGCAAUGAUGAUCCGUCAUCCACGUAGACGUUGAAAAUUGGCGGUGGCGCGUUGUGGAGGUCUUUAGUGGCGUGGCAGCGAACUCCGCCGAGGAAUAUGCUGUGAAUGAUCAGGUUGUACGACUUUUCGAAGUCACGUCAAAUGGGUCGGGUGAUUCUACUUUCACAUUAUUUCAUUUUUGUCGUUUAAAUUUUAUCCCAGUUGAUACUUUUAUUCAUCUGAGGUGAAAAUUGGUUUUUGGUUUGCGUGGCGGUACGCUGAUUUAUGUGCAGCAUGUACCCUUUUUUUCUUUUUCUUUUUCUUUUUUUUUAAGUUUUUAUGAUGGAAUUAUAAUUUCAAUUCAAUAUUUUUUGACUUCGUUACCCGGCUACAAGAAUUUUCAAGCUUUUUGGAUGGUGAAUAACAA